ACUUGGUCUAACUGUGCCACUGAUCCCGACUGCUGAUGUUCGUUUCGUUUCCCCUGAAGAAUGCUCAUGAAAACUCCUGAUACCGGUGCCCACAUCUACUUUGAUAGGUCGCGCCUGAUAUUCCCUCUCAUAUCCAAAUCAUGGGAUAAUGGCGUUGUACUACCGAAGAAUGGCUCCACUGGCAGUUAGGCUCUCAGACCAACCUCUACGCAUACAUCGUCCACCGGCAGAUUGGUUAGGGUGGGACAUCGUACUGUAGAUGUUAUAUUGCGGCAGACAAACGGCUGUUAUUAUGACUAUUACUAUUCACACCCAUGCAUCUUGCUAUUAGUACACAGGUACAGGCCCCUUGCCAGCAAACUAAUGUACGUAGUAUGCGUAGUGAAAGGAAGGGUACCUAUGUUCUCCAACUUUGAGCCUAUCUUUAUUAAUAAAUCCAAUAAAAUAGGUAUAACGGAUACCAAACCCAAGGAUUAUAAAAUGUUAUUUUUUACACAGGUUUCUCACGAUGAUAGAUAAUUAUCAGCAGAAUUAAGUGAGGCGCGUAGCUACAUGUGCAAAUAACAAUAGGUGUGUGUGUGAGUAGCAAUACUCUUUAUUACCUAUUCCGUCACAUUCGAUCGGCCCGUUGCCUUUGAUGGAGAUCCAUUGCCCGCCGUAUCUGGGACCAUGUGUGGGUAUGAGGAGAAAGCCUGGUCCUAAAUGAGCACCGAGGGGGAGUGGCCAGAGAGGAGGGUUGGGGCAGAUGGUGCUCUGUGCGUUGAGAUCUCACGAUGGGUGCAUA